GGUCGCUUCCUCUGGCUGGCUGUGAAGUUACCUGUAUAUGACACAAGCACAGAGCCGCUCCAACCAUCCUUCUACCCUCAUACACAUUCCGGGUCUCGUCUCCUCCUAGGCCCCGGCCCGAGUAUACGUCACACCUCAGCGCUCCUUGUAGAGCGUCGGCCGUAUGAGCAGACAUGUUUCCGGCCCUCAGACGAGGCCGGCCCCGGGCCCUGCACCUCCCAUAAGGCGGUAUGACGGAGACGUAGGCGUGUGCUGAGCCGUGCAGGUUCCCGGGCCCCCUUUUCUCCUCCCUCAGCCCUGCUCAGCGCUGUUGCUCUCCAGCCCGCGGUGAUAAUAAGAUCCCAGGACACAAAAUGGCGCACAGCUGUCGGUGGCGCUUCCCCGCCCGGCCCGGGACUGGCCGCAGGCUGGGGGCCCGGCACAGGGUGGCGGCGGUGGUGAGGGAGGAUGGGAUUGCUAAUGCGACUGUUUCUGGAUCCGGCGGGAGUCCUAGCGCUUCGCAUGGAACCAAUUUGGCCCCUGGGGGCCCCGGAAUUUGUUUGGGGGUUGGACCUGGCUUUGAUGCGGCGCUGCAAGUGUCAGUGGCCAUCGGGAGUAACCUGAGGCGGUUCAGGGACGUGUCCGGAGGGAGCAGCGGAGAGGAGGACCAUUUUCUAGGAUUUGGGCCAGAUGAGGAUGUUAAAACACGCAACCCUACAAAAUUCCCCACAGAUCAGUUAACCCCAAGAAAACCUCGUGGAAGACCACGUUGCAGUUUGUCCAGGAGUUCUGAUGUUUCUUCCCAGCCAACUGAAAACCAUAGUCAUGUCACUAGUAAGCAAGAACUUCGACCUACAAAUAAAACGAAGAAGCCAGAAAAUACGCCAGAAGAGAAAAGACGAGGGAGACCCCCAACACAUGGAAAUGUUAAACUCAAAUUUACACAAGAAAACAACAAUGAAUCAGAGUCCACGAAAUCUCCUCGUGAUGAGAAAACAAAACGGAGGAGGCCCUCUGCUACUUUCAAACAUGCUGCCAAAAUCAAGAAACUCCGAGCAGUCAAACUUUCUCCACUGAAGCCCAAAUUUAAAGCUGAUAAGCUGGAGCUUGGAAGGAAAGGUGUUGUAAAAAUUGUUAGGAGACGUGGCAGACCCCCAUCUUCUGAAAGGUUUAAACCAGCACAGCCUAGGAUUCCUUUGAGACAGACUCACCCAGAGAAGUCCCAGAGAGCCCGCAAAGAGGAACCUCUCCAAACCGCAAAAGAAGUUGUUAGGGUUUCUGUGCGCCAAAGCCCUCGACGACUUAAGCCUGUAAGGAUAAUCCCAACUUCUAAGAGAACUGAUACCACCAUUGCAAAGCAGCUUUUGCAAAAAGCUAAAAUGGGGGCACAAAAGAAGAUGGGGCUAGAAGCAGCAAAGCUUCAAGGGCGUAAGGGAGGCACCCAGCUCAAGAAUAUAAGACAGUUUAUCAUGCCUGUAGUGAGCACAGUGUCUUCCCGCAUUAUAAAAACACCUCGAAGGUUUAUAGAAGACGAGGACUAUGAACCUCCUAUCAAGAUAGCUAGGAUGGAAACUGCUCCAAGUGGACGUUUUAGUUUAACAUCUUGUGAAUCAAGUGAGAAGUCAAGUGCAGUUUCACAGCAGUCUUCACAGGUUACUUCGGAUGAAUCCCGCUCCAGUAGCCCUAGCAUAGACACCUCAACAGAAUCACAGGUUUCAGAGGAGACAACUGCCAUAGCAGAAGCUCCUGUACGAGUCACAGAUAUUCCUAUGUCUACCCCUCAGUCAGUACUAGAAAGCAGUGGAGCUAGCACACGAAAUAGACGCCUUCCUAAUUGCAAUAGGAAUGUCAACUCCAGGCAAGCAAAGAAGAUUUCUCAGACAGCUCUUCAGCAAUCCUCUGCAUCCCCACCUCCUCCAUUGCUCAGUCCUUCAGCACCUUUGCAGGCCCCAGAACAUUCUUCAUGGCUUAUGCCUCCUUCUAUACCCAUGGCUACAACUUUCCUUUCUAGUUCACGCAUGCAUGAAAAACGGAGAUCUAUAUUGAGGGAGCCAACUUUUCGUUGGACAUCUCUAAAGCAUUCCAGGCUAGAGUCUCAUUACUUUUCCUCUGCUAAGUAUGCCAAAGAAGGCCUCAUCAGAAAACCCAUAUUUGAUAAUUUCAGAUCUCCACCUUUGACUCCAGAAGAUGUAGGACUUGCAUCUGCUUCUGGGUUUAAUACAUCCUCUGUUGUAGCCCCUGGAAGACUCUUUUCUCCACUUCAUUCUUCUGGGGCUCGAUUUGAUUUACAUAAAAGAAGCCCAUUGCUCCGUGCGCCAAGGUUUACCCCCAGUGAAGCACAUUCCCGCAUAUUUGAGUCAGUCACUCUACCAUCAUCUAUCGAUUCCUCUGGAACAUCCUCCAUUAUAGGUAUGUCUUCUAGAAGAAGGAGAAGAAGAGUCUUUAGUCCAGUCCGCAGGUCAGAACCAAGAUCGCCAUCUCACUCCAUGAGAACUCGGAGUAGAAGAGAGAACAGCAAUAGUGCUGCACCCCUCAUACCUCAGUCAUCCAGUUCACUUUCAAGCUUAUCUGUCGGUUCCCGUACCACCAGUGCCUUAAGUCCCAGCUUUUCUUUUUCUUCCACUUCAAUUUCUGCAGCACCUGUGGAGCCUGCAGAGAAAUUUCAGAAAACAAGAAGGCAAGCCAGCACUUCAGGAGAGCCUUUCUCAUCCUCUUCCAACAGUUCUUCUUCCCUUUUUCCAUGGUUUUUAUCUGGCUCCCAGUCAGAUAGAGUAAAAAAUAAGACCAGAGUAUCAGAUGAGGCAUCGAAAGAAAGGGACAUUGAAAAAUGCAGGGAAAAGGAAAGAGAGAAGGAAAACUCCCACGACUUAAGAAAAGAUAAACGCAAGAAGAUAAACAAAAGUGGCAAAGAAAAGGUUGAUGGAGAGGCAAUUAUUGCUUCUACGGCAAUAAAAAUGUUAUCAAAGAAGAAACAAGUCAUCACAGAGCCCUCAGUAACCACUACUCCACCAUCCCUUGUUGCAGCAUCAGUAUUGGUCAAGCACAAAUUUUCCAAAAAAGUUUGUGGCAAUUCUGAGAAACAAGAUACUGACUCUCGUGCCAAAUCCCCACCCUCAAACAUCCAGAUACCUUUGCCUGAGCAGCCUGCAAGUCCUGUUAAGUCCUCUACCACCACUAUCAGCUCUGUGCUAGACCAAGCCAACAAAAUUCUGGUUUCAGAAAAGCAUAUGGCCACUAUCAUAAGAACAGCUAAAUAUCAAUUGCAGAGUAUAGAAAAAAGUAAAUUACGAAAGCAGACGGAACAGCCCAAAGCACAGGGCCAGGAAAGUGAUUCUUCUGAGACAUCAGUGCGUGGACCCAGAAUUAAACAUGUUUGCCGAAGAGCUGCUGUGGCUUUGGGCCGCAAGAGGGCAGUGUUUCCUGAUGACAUGCCUACGCUGAGUGCCUUACCUUGGGAAGAAAGAGAGAAGGUUCUGUCUUCCAUGGGGAAUGAUGACAAGUCCUCCAUAGCUGGUUCAGAGGAUGCUGAUCCCCCUGCUCCACCCAUUAAACCCAUCAAACAAGUCACCCGCAACAAGACUCCGCAGGAACCCCCUGUGAAGAAAGGCCGACGCUCUCGCAGAUGUGGACAGUGUUCGGGCUGCCAGGUGCCUGAAGACUGUGGCACCUGUACAAACUGCCUGGACAAGCCAAAAUUUGGGGGACGCAACAUCAAAAAACAGUGCUGCAAGAUGAGAAAAUGUCAGAAUUUGCAGUGGAUGCCUUCUAAAGCUUAUAUGCAGAAGCAAGCAAAAGCAGCCAGAAAGAAAGAAAAGAAGUCCAAGUUGGCUGAUAAACAGGAGGCUCCUGCAGUGAAACCUUCCACGGAACUGAGUCCAAAAAACGCUGUGAAACCAGCCGCUGCUGCAACACCUCCAAGAGAGGAUCCUCCCCACACACCACCUCCAGCAGCAAAAAAGGCAGAUCCUCCAAGGGCCACUGCUGAAAAGGUGUCAGAGGAGGAGAGCCAGCCUGCACCCACCUGUGAAAUUAAGCAGCCUCUUUCUUCUCAUAAAACCACAAAACAGAUUCCAACACAGCCUGCAAGCAAUCCAACAUCAGCCCACAAUAGUCCUACACCCAUCUCUCGAAAGGAAGCACCGAAACCCUCAACAUGUGAGACAAAGAAGAAGCAACUUUCUGUCCCUGCAGAGAUUGGCUCUGAGCAGAACAAACAGAAGAAACUGGCUGGUAGACUGGCGGUCAUGCCAAGAUCGAAAUCAAAGGAAAAGGAGAAGCCGAUAGCUCCCAGCAAGCCAGAGGUGAACUUCAGCCUUCUCAGUUCUCUGUGCAAUGGCAAUGUCUCUAGACAGAAAGCUCCAUCUGAUGGGAUACAUCGAAUAAGAGUUGAUUUCAAGGGGGAUUGUGAUUUAGGAAGUGCCUGGGAGAUGGAUGGCCUCAACAUACUCACAACUGUACCGAUUACCCCACGUAUAGUUUGCUUUCUUUGUGCCAGCAGUGGAAAUGUUGAGUUUGUGUUCUGCCAAGUUUGUUGUGAGCCGUUUCACCAGUUCUGUUUAGAGGAGAGAGAACGACCCACACAGGAACAGCUGGAUAACUGGUGUUGUCGGCAGUGCAAAUUUUGCCAUGUAUGUGGUAGACAGCAGCAAGUUAACAAGCCACUCCUUGAGUGUAAUAAGUGCCGCAACAGUUAUCACCCAGAGUGCCUGGGACCAAACUACCCUACAAAACCAACAAAAAAGAAGAGAGUCUGGAUCUGCACUAAAUGUGUGCGAUGUAAGAGUUGUGGGUCCACCACACCAGGCAAUGGCUGGGAUGCACAGUGGUCACAUGACUUCUCACUGUGCCACGACUGUGCCAAACUAUUUGCUAAAGGCAACUUCUGUCCUCUGUGUAACAAGUGUUAUGAUGAUGAUGAUUAUGAAAGUAAAAUGAUGCAGUGUGGAAAGUGUGAUCGCUGGGUACACUCCAAAUGUGAAAACCUGACAGAUGAGAUGUAUGAAAUCCUUUCAAACUUGCCAGAAAGUGUGGCCUACACCUGUGUAAACUGCACUGACCAUCACCCUGCAGAAUGGAGGCUAGCACUAACAAACGAGUUACAGUCCUCCCUCAGAUAUGUCCUAAACACACUGCUGAAUUCUCGAACUGCAAGUCAUCUUCUGCGCUACAGACAGGCAGCAAAGCCACCUGACUUAAAUCCUGAGACUGAAGAGAAUAUGCCUUUAAGAAACUCUCCCAAGGGUCCUGAUCCCCCUGUUCUUAUCCAAGUUGGCAAGCAAGAUGACCAACCACCCCUUGACCUGGAGGGAGUAAAGAGGAAGAUGGACCACGGCAGGUACACUUCUGUGUUGGAACUGAGUGAUGACAUUGUCAGAAUUAUCCAGGCUGCUAUGAAUACAGAUGGAGGCCAGCCAGAGCUGAAGAAGGCAAACAGUGUUGCGAGAUCAUUUUUUACAAAGCAAAUGGAACGUGUUUUCCCUUGGUUUAACGUGAAGAAAUCUCGCUUUUGGGAGCCAAAUAAGGUUAACAGCAAUAACAGCAUGUUACCCAAUGCUGUCUUACCACCAUCUCUGGACCAUAAUUACGCUCAGUGGCAAGAAAGGGAGAACAAUCUGGCUGCACAACUGACUCUAAUGAAAAAAAUAAUUCCAGCUCCAAAACCCAGAUCUCCUGAAGACCCAGCAUCGCCACAGCCCAUACACUCGCCAGUACCAGCUCCAAUAGCUGCAGACCAUAGCAGGGAAGAUAGCCCAGAAUUGUUACCACCACCUGGUAUAGAAGAUAAUCGCCAGUGUGCCCUGUGUUUAAAGUUUGGAGAUGACAAUGCUAAUGAUGCUGGACGCCUGCUUUACAUUGGACAAGAUGAAUGGACACACGUUAACUGUGCUUUGUGGUCAGCAGAGGUUUUUGAAGAUGAUGAUGGCUCCCUAAAAAAUGUGCACAUGGCAGUUAUCAGAGGGAAGCAGCUGAGAUGCGAGAAUUGCCUCAAGUUGGGUGCUACUGUCGGCUGCUGCUUAUCUUCUUGCACAAGUAACUACCACUUCAUGUGCUCUAGAAUGAAAAACUGUGUGUUUCUGGAGGAUAAGAAGGUGUACUGUCAAAGACAUAGAGACCUAGUUAAAGGGGAGAUUGUGUCUGACAACAGUUUUGAGGUUCUCAGAAGAGUAUUUGUUGACUUUGAAGGGAUUAAUCUGCGUAGAAAAUUUCUGAGUGGUUUAGAGCCAAACAAUAUACAUAUGAUGAUUGGUUCCAUGACAGUAGAUUGCCUUGGAAUUUUGAGUGAUUUAUCGGAUUGUGAGGAUAAGCUCUUCCCAAUUGGAUAUCAAUGUUCACGAGUCUACUGGAGUACAACAGAUGCUCGAAAGCGGUGUGUGUAUACCUGCAAGAUUCUGGAGUGUAGGCCGCCACCCUCUGAGCCUGAUAUUAAUAGCACUGUGCAUCAUGAAGCGAACCGCACUAUUGCUCACAGUCCUCCACUCCGUGAUGUGCAUGAAUUAAAUCUUCAGGAAACAAAAUCUUAUGGUCUACCUUCGCCGGAACCACCACCUUGUAAUUCAGUUUCUUUGGCUUCCUCUCGGACUCUUGGUGGGAGCAGGGCUCGCCACAGAUAUCCCCAUAAUCAGCGCUCUCCUGGACCUCGGCCUCUUCCAUCAGCAGGUAGCCCUGUUGCACAUGAAAUUGUGACAGUUGGGGACCCUUUACUUUCUUCUGGCUUUCGUAGCAUAGGCUCAUGUAGGCAUGGUGUCUCUUCAGUACCACAGCUUCAGAAGCCACGUUUGAUUUCUCCCUCUCAAACUGACACUACAAAGCCCAACCAACCUACAGCAGAUACUAUUACUAUGACAGAUCACAAGUCUAACAAAAUGGAGACAGGAGCCGGCUCUUUGACUUCUCCUCUUCAGAACAGCUGCUCACCAAAUGACGGCCAUGGAACUUUAAUGGCAAAAGGGGACAAACAAUUAGAAACACGGCAAUCUAGCUCCUCAGAUACAGCUGUAAAGGUCACAGCUCCUAAAAUUGAAAAGGUAAAGUCAGCUGCUCAUAGAAAUUCAGAGCCCUCUACUAACCAAAACCCUAAAACACAUAAACAACCACAAGAUAUAUCUAUCCCUGAGUUUAGCACAGGCAGAUCUGGUACUGGUAAAGAUGCAGCAUCAUUUGCGCUAAUCUCCAAAGCUACUUCUGCUCCACAGCAAGGCAGGGCAAUAAAAAGAGAAAAGGAUCAGCAUGUAGUAUUUUCUCUGACAGAAAAGACAGUAUUCCCUGAAGAAGGUAAAGAAACUCGUGUACCUGUUUCAGUGACCAAAGAUCGACUGCCAAAGUCAAAGAAUAGGGUCAUGGAGAAUUCUCAAGAAAAAUGUCCUGUUAAGUCCGUUAUUGACUCUGAACAUUCAUCAGGGGAGAGCCAAAUCCAAGCAGAUACUAAUGGGAAACAUUCAUUGUUGGAGACUGUUGGUUUCAAAAGGCGUUCACACAACAAAACGGAGAUGACUGCGCACACUGGAAGUACUUCGCAGUUAGAGUCAUCAAGUGCUGACAACUCAAUUGAUAGAAAAUCAGACCAACAAGCAUUGUCUCCUGGCAGGAUUACAGAGCUUCCAGAUGCUGUAAAGUCCCAAAAUAGUCCUGAAGGUACAGGAGAUCCAGGUACAAACCAUACUAGCUCUAACAUGGACUCUGAGCCUCAGGAUGGCACUGCUUACUCACAGGACUCAAACCUACUUCUCCAAGAUGGAAGCAAAUCUCAAGAAGGCAGCUCAUAUAAAAGACGCUACCCAAGGAGGAGUGCAAGAGCCCGCUCAAACAUGUUCUUUGGAUUAACACCUUUGUAUGGUGUACGUUCUUAUGGUGAGGAAGACCUUCCAUUUUGCAGCAGCACUACAGGAAAGAAAAGGGGGAAAAGAUCAGCUGAGGGUCAAGUGGAUGGUGCUGAUGACUUGAGUUCAUCUGAAGAAGAUGAUGUGUAUUACUACAAUUUCUCUAGGACUGUAGUUUCUGCAUCUGGGGAUGAUAGGCUAACUGUGCGUUCUCUAUUCAGAGAUGAAGGAGAUCGUCAUAGAAUUGCCCAACUUGAUGGUGUUGAUGAUGGGACAGAAAGUGAUGCCAGCAUCAGUACCACCCCAGGAAAAUCUAGCCAUUCUGGUAAAAGGGCAAGUAAACAAAAUGGAGCAGAAAAACUGGUUGCCUCAGAAGAACAGUUGGGAAAAGUUCAUGCUGGUAAGGGCAGCAAGGCUCCUGACACCAAAAUGGACAAUUGCCAUGCUGUGAAGCAAGAUACUCUAGAGCCACAGCUGAGCUUGGAAGCUUCACGACGAAACCAUGGUGGAGCUGACAAAAAUAUCUUGGACACAUUCAAUUCAGAGCUGCUGAAAUCUGAUUCUGACAAUAACAAUAGUGAUGACUGUGGAAAUAUUCUUCCUAUUGACAUUAUGGACUUUGUGCUAAAGAAUACUCCAUCCAUGCAAGCACUUGGAGAAAGCCCAGAGUCAUCUUCCUCUGAAUUAUUAACACUGGGAGAUGGCUUAGGCUUGGAUAACAACCGUGGGAAAGAUAUGGGCUUGUUUGAGGUAUUCUCACAGCAGCUUCCAUCAUCGGAGCCAGUAGAUGGUGCUGUGACAUCAGCAAUGUCUGCAGAGGAGCAAUUUGAACUACCACUAGAGCUGCCUUCUGACCUGUCUGUGCUCACUACUCGAAGUCCAGCUCUUCCUAGCCAGAACCAUAACAGAUUAGGCGUAAUCCCAGAGUCCCAGUUGUCCCCAAGUGAACGUUCCUUACUGUCCAUGCCAGCAACAGAACCAAGCAGGAAGAGGGUGACUGUUACAGAAAAGUCUGUGACACCCGGUGAGCGAGAUUCAUCUCUAUUAUCACAGAGUGUAGAGAGGACAGCUGAGGGUCACAUAACUGCAGAUAGAUACAUGCCAGGGCGUUUAGAACCGGAACAUAUUUCCAGCCCACCAUGUGCACAGGUAGAGCACACAGGGAAUCAGGAACUAAGGCAAAAUAGCGGUACCCCAAAUUUGCAAGUUCCAGUGUCACCCACUGUACCAGUUCAGAACCAGAAAUACAUCCCAAACAAAUCAGAAAGCCCAGGCACAUCUCAGAUGUCAAAUAAUGCCGUACAGAACACACCUGCUCACCUUAAGUCCACAGCUGAAAAGUUAGUUGUUGUGAAUCAGAAUAUGCAACCUCUGUAUGUUUUACAGCCUUUGACUAGUACACAGAAAAUUCAGCUUACAUCAUCUGUACCUUCUGGCUCGAAUCGCCGGGAUGGAGAUGUUCCAGUGUUGAGUUCAGUGGGAGGAGGACUAACGUUAGCCACUAAUUUAAGUCCUUCACUAACCUCGACUUUUCCACCUGUCAGCAAGGGUCUCCUCCCAGUGCCUCACCACCCACACCUACAAUCCUUUCCUGCUGCUCCACAGACGACAUUCUUGCCUAGUCUCACCAAUCAGCCUCCAGGACUUCUUAUUGGAGUUCAGCCCGCUCCUGAGCCCCAACUUCUCGUUUCAGAAUCCGGUCAGAGAUCAGAAUUGAGUCGUUCUUCAAAUUCUUCAUCUGCUGGCAUGAAUAAGAAGAGACAGAUUUCUCGCCUUCAUUCUAAGAAAAACAAAAAGUUGGCACCUUCCGUUAGUCCAGGAAUGAGGCAUGCUCCUGAAGUGAUUUCUAAUAUGACACUUAUUAACUUCUCUGCUCCACAACUUGCUGGUAGUUUGCCCACUCACCCUAAUUUGAUUGACCUAGGCAGUCUUGGAAAUGCAGGACCCCAUCGCAAUAUACCGAAUAUUAUUAAGCGAUCCAAGUCUGGAGUUAUGUACUUUGACCAGACUCCGCUGCUUCCACAGAGUGGGGUGCCAUCAAACUCUGGUGAAACCGUGCCUGGUAUUAUUGGAUUGGAUUCUGGGCAGAUUACUAAUAAAAUGCCAACAAUUGCUACUGGCUCACCAGUCCUAAAUGUUGUGUCAAUGCAGACUACUGCCACAGCUUCUCCGGUGACUGGUCAUGUCACUCUAGCUACUCCAGGAAUUUUGGGUCCUUCAGAAAUCGGGCAAGUCAGUAACUUUCUAAUAAAGACAAAUCAACAGAGUUUGAGUAUUCAGGACAAUCAUGUGACUCUUCCUCCGGGGUCAGGGGUUUUCUCUCAGGGGCCUACUGCAGGGGCUAUGACAACCACUUCUAGCAUAUGUGUAGUGCCCACGUCUCAUCCUGUGAGUAUGACACUGGCCCAGACAGUGAAUGAUCCUGAUUGCCUAUUUACAGUUACUCAUAAUAUGAACAGACUUAUCAGGCCUCCAACUACUGGUAAUUCAGGCCACAGGUCCUCUUCUGUGCAACCAUCACCUGACUCAGAAAGAAGAUUAAUAAAAUCAAACACCACUUCAACAGCUGCUAGCAUGCUUAGAACAGCUGCAACUAUCCAGAAGACAAAAAGCAAAGGAAAGAGGCAGACCAUGGUUCUGGACAAGAUAAGUAAGAAAAAACUCAAGACUUCACACUACAGACAAAGCCCAGCUACAGUACAGGAUGAGAACCAAGUUGGAAAAUCGUCUGGUUCGAUCUCCUCAGGAAACCUUGUACCUAAAACCGAUGGCUACAAUGUAAAGACAGGAUCCUCACACGUGACUGAGGCCGAGAAGACAAGUCAAUCACCAGCUGUAGUAAACUUGGAGCUGCCUGCGAAGGAGCAAAGUCAGCCAGAAAUAAAACCAGAAGACUUUAAACACCCUGAAGAUGAUGCAGAGUUUAGUUCUCCUCUGAUGCGGUUGCUGCAGAAUGAACAUGGGCAACAUGACUCUGUACAGGAGCAUAAGCCUAGAACUGGCCUUCUGUUUGAGAUUUCAAGUGAUGAUGGUUUUCAAAUUUCUGCUAACAGCAUUGAAGAGGCCUGGAAAUCUCUGACUGAUAAAGUACAGGAGGCUCGAUCCAACGCAAGGCUAAAGCAACUAUCUUUUGCUGGUGUGAAUGCACUAAAGAUGCUUGGAAUUUUACAUGAUGCUGUAGUAUUCCUGGUGGAACAGCUCUACGGUGCCAACAGGUGUCGUAGGUACAAGUUCCGCUUCCAUCAUCCAGCUGGAGAAGAGGAGCCCCCUCUGAACCCCCAUGGUUCUGCAAGAGCCGAGUUGUACCAUAGGAAAUCAGCUUUUGACAUGUUUAACUUCUUGGCUUCAAAACAUCGUCAAACUCCCGAAUACAAACCAAAUGAAGAGGAUGAGGAAGAGGUGCAGCUGAAAUGUGUUAGGAGGGCCACCAGUAUGGACUUGCCUAUGCCAAUGAGAUUCCGUCAUCUUAAGAGGACAUCCAAAGAGGCAGUAGGUGUCUACAGAUCUCCAAUACAUGGCCGGGGUCUUUUUUGCAAGAGGACCAUUGAUGCCGGAGAAAUGGUAAUCGAGUACUCAGGAAACGUUAUCCGUUCCACUUUGACUGACAAAAGAGAAAAGUAUUAUGAAGGAAAGGGAAUUGGUUGUUACAUGUUCCGUAUAGAUGACUCUGAGGUUGUGGAUGCCACAAUGCAUGGCAAUGCUGCUCGCUUCAUCAACCACUCGUGUGAGCCCAACUGUUACUCCCGCGUCAUCCCCAUCGAUGGACAGAAACACAUAGUCAUAUUUGCAAUCCGAAAAAUAUAUCGUGGUGAGGAGCUCACAUAUGACUACAAGUUCCCUAUUGAGGAUGCUAGCAACAAACUGGCUUGCAACUGUGGAACCAAAAAGUGCCGCAAGUUUCUCAAUUAGUCUCAGAGUUCUUCCCACGUGUACAGAAAAUUGAGCACC